GCCCGGCGCGGGACGCGCGGCCGGAACCGGGGCGCACGCGCGGCCGGAACCGGGGCGCACGCGCGGCCAUGGCGGACGCGGUGCUGUUCCGGCGCGGCACCGGGCAGAGCGACGACUCGGACAUCUGGGACGACACGGCCCUCAUCAAGGCCUACGACAAGGCGGUGGCCUCCUUCAAGAAUGCCUUAAAGAAUGGGGAGUGCUCGGAGCCUUCCGACAAGCAGGAGAAGUGCAUGGCGAUAAAGAGAAAAAACCAUAAAAAGAACAGAAAUAGAAAGAAGAGCAACACAGCGCCUUUGAAACAGUGGAAAGUUGGUGACAGUUGCAUUGCUGUUUGGUCUGAGGAUGGUAGAUGCUACCUGGCAACUAUUGCCUCCAUCAACCAGAAGAGAGGCACGUGUGUUGUUACUUACACGGGAUAUGGAAAUCAGGAGGAGCAGAACCUGUCUGAUAUACUUCCUUCAGCCAGCGAUGAAACAGUAAAUGGGACAGGGAAUUCUGGGGAGAAUGAAAAUGAGACUCCAUAUUCAACAGAUGAGAGUGAAAAAUCUUCCCAGUCACCUCGAAACAAAAACAACUGCACAAAAGCAAGAUUCUCCCCUCAAAACCUGCGAUUUCCUACACCACCACCACCACCACCAGUCCCAGGCCUGGGAAGACCUGGAUCAAAAUGCAAGACACCACCAUCAUUUUUAUCUUGCUGGCCACCACCUUUCCCAGCAGGACCACCGUUGAUUCCUCCUCCACCACCUAUGAGGCCAGACUCUCCUGAGGAUGACGAAGCAUUGGGGAGCAUGUUGAUAGCCUGGUACAUGAGUGGUUAUCACACUGGAUAUUACCUGGGUUUAAAACAAAGUCGAAUGGAAGCAGCACUGGAGAGACAGACGCAUGCGAAAUGACCGAAUGUCAUCGUUGUUCUGAAGGAUUCCAGGUACAAAUCUUUCCCACUGAGAGGUGUAUGUCACUGUAUCACCAACUGAUGGUUGAUGGUGAAGAACAGAAUUCUAUCAAGACAAUUAGUCAUGUUUUCUUAACACUGAGCUGCCCCUGUUAAUGAGUAAAGAAAUACCUUCAGUAACUUCAUUUACUAGUAAGUAAAUGUACAUUGAAAUGAGCCAUUUCUUUAAGCCCUCCAGUCAAAUGUAUUUAGCAAGGACUGCAGCAACAAAGUAUUUUUACUUCCCUUGAGACAAUUUCAAGUUUUCUUACCACAUGAUAGAUUUAACCUUUUUGAUCCCACGUGAUAGAUUUCAUUUACCUCUCAUCCUAACACCUCUUGUAUUCCUCAGACGUUUUGUCUGAAUGACAGCACCAGAACCAUUGAUUAUGGAAUAUUCUUUUACAAAAGAGAGAGCUGUGGCAGGAAUGUGUUACAGUGCCCACUGUAACAGACUGGAAAACUGUACUGUCGUAUUAACAGAGACAUCUUAUGGGUCUGAUUAGAAUCAUGAAUAUGACAGCUUUAUUCAGAAAGACUAAUUUCUUGUUUCAAGUGCUUGUUAAUAAAGUUCUACUUUUCAAACUUU